GAAGGAGGACGACCUAAAAGUGGCCAUGGAUCUAGUACAAUGCGAUCAGAUAAAAGUGAUCACCACUAUGAGUUCCCAUCCUCGCCUCCGAACCUUAAAGCUGACCCUAAAUCCUCAAAUCCGGGUGAUGCUCAAAGUAGCGACCCCUACGUAACGCUCGCGGGACAGUCCUUACCCCACCACUACCAAGGGCUGGGUCAGAAGUCCCCACUCCCAGACGACUCGGACUACGAUCUACUCAUGGUGUCGACGGAAAAAACCAACAGCGACUACUAUUUCAAGCUCGAACCAGGGUCACUGAACAAUACCGGACUUCGAACCGGAGUUCAGUCAGGGGUUCGACCAAGGGUUGACCCGACGUCGACGGAUCCCGAAGAUGCGUAUGAUCUGGUCCAAAUCAUGAACACGACGGGAAACAAUGCAAACCAAAAUCAAAAUGAAGAUGACGUGACUAACCGCAAAGACUCAGGCGAAGGUGAUGAUGAUAACCCGUAUUAUUUUAAGGUGGGGGGAUCUAAAGGAGGAAGCUUCCAUACCGCUCAAGUAUCCUUCCGUGAUGCUAAGCAGCCUCAUGGUAAGGGUCUUCCUUCAGAGAAAGGCGACGAGGCAAACCGGAGGCCAGCAAUCGCUGCUAAACCCGAUUUUACCACGAAACCGAAGGGUUCCGUCGAUGAAAGCGCCAGCUACGACAAACUCGAUCGAUCGGCCAUCCCAACGCCAAACUCGGAAGACAUCAAUGCGAACGAAUACAACAAACUUUUACCGCGGUUGGCCGUCCAGUCAAACAACUCGGAUCCGACGUCGAGUGACGGUUAUCUGAAGGUGAAAGUAGGGAAUGGCACAACUAGCGUCCACGAUGAAGCCGACGAUUAUGACAGUCUCAGGGAGGUCGACGACUACAAUAAGCUGGACAGGGGAGUGGAGAGAGAAUUUGACAGUCAAGUCGUUUCGGACAAGAACUCGUCAUCCGCCUAGAACAGACUGCCAUGAUGAUCGACACACUGG